CUGAGGAGGUGAUUAAUAUUAUUCUCAGCUACAAUGACAUAAGCAUCGAAGAUAUAAUAAAUUUUCGAUGUGUGUGCAAGCAAUUCCAGUGGGCAGGCAAAUAUGACAAGUAUAUGGAAAAGAAGUUUUCUCAGAGAUGGCCUUCGGCAAAAAAAAUUUACGAUAAACAAUGUAAGAAAAAUAAGCAAGAAAAAUGUAGAAAGUGUGGGCAAAAAAGUACAAAAGACUUUAUUAAAACAGGAAUAAAUUGUGUGAGACAAUUACAAAAUUGUAUAUCUCACAUACUUCAUGAACAUUACCAUAACAAUGAGGCAAUAGAUAAUUUGAUCGAAUUCCAUCGCAUAUUUAAUUUAGAUAAAUGUUUCAUAUAUAAUAUUAUUAACAUAAUUUAUGAAGAGGGUGAAAAUUUCAUUACAUGUUCCGUUUUCAUUGAUGAGUUUAAAAACUUGCUCACACAAUCUUCACGAAGAACUGAUUGCGAUCUUACCGAAAGAUAUUGCCAAAUAAAGAUGUUUCACUUUAUGAGGCAAUGUUUGGUAAGAAAAAAAUUAUACAGAUACACCGAUCAAUGUUACAAAAAUCAGCUUUUGGAAAGAAUUGUGACUAUGGCGGCACAAUGGUUGCAACCCGAAAAGGACAUCUUUUACUCGAAAGUGAAAGCAUCGCUAGAUAAUAUCGCAUUAGAGGUACUGGAUUGCCUCAGGGAAAAAUAUCCCAAUCAUUCGAUAUGCUCGACUCCCGCUUUUUCAGAAUUUUUUUCAUACUGGAAAGAGAACAAUAUCGAAGAUAAUUACUGGGACGAAGAGGAGGGAACGCAGAUUAUAGAGACGCUCCGGGAAUAUAUGUUUGAUGAAUUUCAAUUGACCGAAUGGGGAAUGUCUUCCAACACAACGUUGGAAUACAUGUGUAUAGAUAAUGUAUUAGAAAAAAGAUAUGGUGAAGAAUUAAUUUUAUUAGUAAUUUAUCACAGCGUGGCCAGAAGACUUGGUCUACGAUGCGAUGUAGUACGUAGUAGUUCUCACUUCUUUCUCUCUUGGAAACCGUACUAUUUCAUGAAUAAUUCAAGAAAUGGAAGAUUUUUUAACAUAAGUUCUAAAAGUUAUAUACCACAUCGUACAAAUUUUAUAUACUUUGAUGAAUUAAGAGCUUCACGGUUUUGGCAAGAAUUAAUAUAUUCUACAUUGGAAAAUAGUAAUCUGUAUAACGACACUUUUGGGAUUAUGUCGGAUGGAUCGAUUCAAUUGAUUAGAUAUGACAGAAUAAAUGUGGAAAGAAGAAGAAUAAAUGUGCUCAGCCUUAGUGUUAAAAAAACAAAGCGACAUACAAGACCAAAGGACGUGAAAUUUGCGGUUGGUAUGAUAGUGACACAUCAGCCUGCAGAUUGCGUCGGUGUGAUAAUAGGAUGGCAUCAACAUCUUGAUAGACAUAUUGUUGAAUUCUCCGCGAAGAAUGUGCCGAAUUCUUAUAUGCACUUAUGUGAAUUGCCAUUGUAUCAUUGUCGUAAUUGUAAUUUUAAAAAGGAACAAACAAAUUACAUAAUUCUUACCGAAAAUAAUAAAAUGUGUUACGUGGAAGAAGAUGCUAUAACUUUAACAACUCCGAGAUGGAUCGACAAUAGCGAAAUAGGUCGCUAUUUUUAUAAAUUCGAAGGUACGCAUUACGUACCAAAUAAAAUGCUGGCGAGAUUUUACCCGCAGGACGCCGCUUUAACUGCACAGCAAGAUUACAACAAUAUUACAAUAACAUCGCAACAUUGCGACAAUAUUGAUACAUUUUUACAUAUUGAAUAUUUUUCUUUAUAUUUCCUCAUCUGUUUUUUUAUCCUUCAAUUUAAUCUUUAUUUAUAAAUC